AAAAUUAACUCAAAAUACACAACAGUCUCCCGAACUGGCCCCAACUAAAUAAAAAAGGAAGCGUUUCUGGGUGUGAAGUGAUUCUUGAAAGAAGGUCACGCGUGUGCGUAACUCCGUUAUCAAUAACCUAAUCCGAAAUGAUAACGCUGUCACUACUACCAUCUUCCUUCACACUUCCAAACCAAUCUCCUCCAAUAUUGCCCAAACCUUAUUUACUCCGAAAUCUUGAGUUGUGGUCCCACCACCACAAGAAGAAGAAACUAAUCUUCCACUCAAUUUCUUCUCAAUCUUCGUCAUCUUUCGACCUUUCCCCUCCCCCCAUCGACCAUGACUUCCUGGACACUGUUAAAACUGCAGGUGCCGAGGUUUCAGGGGAAGGGAUCGUUGAAACAUUUCAUAAUGACGAAGAAGCACUGGAUGCUGCAGACAAUGGGGUUGCUGUUGUGGAUCUUUCACACUUUGGCCGGAUAAGAGUCAGCGGAGAUGAUCGUGUUCAGUUCCUUCACAACCAGAGUACUGCAAACUUCGAAUGUCUACAAGCAGGACAAGGAUGUGACACUGUUUUUGUAACACCAACAGCUCGAACUAUAGAUAUUGCACAUGCGUGGGUCAUGAAAAAUGCAAUAACUUUAGUGGUUUCGCCAAAGACUUGUAGGACCAUUUCUGAAAUGCUGAACAAGUACAUAUUUUUUGCUGAUAAAGUAGAGAUUCAAGACAUUACUAAGAAAACCAGCUUAUUUGUUUUGGUGGGACCCAAAAGUGGCCAAGUGAUGGAGAACCUGAACCUAGGCAAUCUUGUUGGAAAACCGUAUGGCACUCAUCAACAUUUUUAUGUUGAUAAGCAGCCUAUAACUAUAGGAGUUGGAAAUCUCAUUUCUGAAGAUGGUUUUUCAUUGAUGAUGUCUCCAGCAGCUGCUCCAUCUGUCUGGAAAGCUAUUCUUGCUCAAGGGGCUGUCGCAAUGGGUUCUAAUGCUUGGAAUAAAUUGCGGGUUAUCCAAGGAAGGCCUGCUCCUGGAAUGGAGCUUACAAAAGAAUUCAAUGUCCUUGAGGCUUGUCUAUGGAACUCCAUUUCUCUAACCAAGGGCUGUUACAAAGGACAGGAGACUAUAUCUAGGCUGAUAACAUAUGAUGGUGUCAAACAAAGGUUAUGGGGAUUUCAUCUUUCUGAUGCCGCACAACUUGGCAGUACUAUUACAGUUGAUGGGAAAAAGGUUGGGAAAUUGACUAGUUACGCUUCUGGAAGGAAGCAAUCUGAACACUUUGGGUUAGGUUACAUCAAGAGGCAAGCUGCUUCAGAAGGUGACAGAGUAAUUGUGGGAGAUAACAUCAUUGGAACAGUAGUGGAAGUUCCUUUUCUUUCUCAACAGCGUCCACCAUCUGGUAGUUCAAAAAGUUCUUGAUUCUCUCUUUGGGCAUGGAAUGUAAACAUCAUCAUUAUUUAUGUGCUCAAAAUGAUGUUGUUCAGUAGAAUUAAAGAUGUCCAUGCAUAAUACUUGUAUGUUUAUGAUUUAUGCUAUCUGAUAGAAUAUUAUGGUGCGUUGUUUGAUCUAUGAAGUCGACCCUAACUUAGUGAGGUAAAGUUUGGUUGUUGUAUGUUUUAUGAAUUUUUGUUUUUGGUCGAUAAAUUAGUUCAUUUGGAAACAACUGUGGUUAUUAUAAUUAGCAACUUCUUCCUGUUCAUCUCUUCUUGGAGAUCA